AUGUCACACCUCGUAUCCUCAUCCGCAAAUCACUCCAGUGAGCCCAAAGCGGGAGACUCGUCACGGACCGUGCGUGGGCCGAGCUCUAGCGGAGGUGGGAACUCGAGUCGUGCCAAACAGCCGGCGGGCAAGGGCAAGAAGAGCAUCUACACCAACCUCGCUGUACCGAGCAGCACUGAUCCCAACGUCAAGUAUUACAAACCCAAUUUCACAUACCACGAGCUGAUCACGCACGAAAUCAAGCGGAGCUUUGAAGGCCGUCUACAACUCAGUGAGAUUUAUCGCCGGAUCUCGGAGCGAUAUCCGUACUUCAAGCUCGGCGAACCGGGAUGGCAGAACAGUAUCCGGCAUAACCUGUCAUUAAAGAAAUGCUUUGUGAGAGUGGACAGGCCGACGGAUGCACCUGCAGACAAGUCGGGCAAGGGAGGAUGGUGGACCUAUGUCGCUCAAGGGGAUCCAGAUGGCCGUGGGGGUCGAAAGGGAAUGUCUGGCAAGGGUACGGGGGAAUACCGCAAAGGACAGACGCCUAGCGAUAUUGCCUCCCGGUCCGGCUCACCAGAGGAAGGGGUAGGAAGCCGAUCCGACGGUAUGGCGUUUGAAGGUCAGGAUGCGAUGUCGGCGUUGACCGGUGGAGCGUAUGCGGGCAACGGGGUGGCCGGUCCCGGUCAGGACGGAGCGGCAAGAUCUGACGGAUCUUAUGCGGAUCAAGCUCAGACUCUGGCCAUGGCCGCACACGUAUUGAAUGGGUAUCAUCCAGAACAGCACCCACAACAUUUACAUCAACAAAACAUGCAAGGCGGAUCUCGACAUUGA